CUACCCCAGCCUCCGGGACAAUGCUGUUCUUGUUUGUCUGGCUCUGCAACUAAACGUCCCACCUACUCCAUUGCUUAUUUAGCGAGGGGCGCCGUUCCAAACCAUGUUUACGUUUCAAAUCUUUGGGAGAUGCACAGAGCGGGUGGUUUUGCAGUAAUCGGUGAAGCAACGAGGCAGUAAAGUAGCAAUCGUGAACUCCUGCACGGUCCUUCGACGCGGCAGAUUGCUACAAGGACUGGGUUUUGUUCUCAGUUUCGGAGAACUUUGGACACACAAGCAUUACCUCUCCUCAGCUCGGACGGGUUGGCAAUAACUCGACGCAAGAAACCAAGGUUCAUGUCAGGCACGGUAUCUGCAUCACUCGAGUGGCUGUAAGACAUCAAGGACACAGAGCUUUAAAGAGUCAAAAACAAAAUCAGAUAAGAUCACUGAGACCCGGAACAAGGGAAAAUGACGCAGAUGGACGAGGAGAAUCGGGGAGUGUUCUUCGGACAACGGGAAGAGGAGGAGGGGGUUGAGGGACCCUUUGUCUGUUCCGAUCCCCUGUAUGGGGGUCCUGAGACAGGCUUGGAGAAGUGGGCUGUGAAUCAGCACUGUGGUUUGAACGACAGUGAAUCGGAAGAUGUCUUGCACUCCAUCGUUGACCCGAAUGAGGUGUACAGUUCUAAUCAGGCACGCGAGUCACCCUCCGAGAGUGACAGUGGAAUCUCCGAGGACCCCCGCUCCGACAGCCCACCCCACAACGGGGCUAACCAAUCAGAGGUGCCUUACGCCAUCGCCACAACGCCCACACUCUACCAGGUUGUCUAUGACAUCAACGGGCUGGAUGGGGUGAAGACAGAGCCUGGAUCCAGCAGCGUGGAUGUGAUAUCCAUAGAGCUGGAUGAGUGGAGCUCUCGAAUGCUCGUUCCGCAGGGCUGUAUUGUGAGCGAGCUGCCCUCCAUCCCUGUGUGCGCAGCGGGGAGAACCAGCCCUCUGACCGCCAAGGACCCCUGCAGCCUGGGCUCGCUACCGCUGUACCCCGAUCUGAUGCUGACAGAAGAGGAGCAGAGAUUGUUGAACCAAGAAGGGAUUGCAUUACCCAACAACCUGCCUCUCACCAAGGCGGAGGAGCGCAUUCUGAAGAAAGUGCGUCGGAAGAUCAGAAACAAGCAGUCUGCCCAGGACAGUCGACGGAGGAAGAAGGAUUACAUUGACGGGCUGGAGAGCAGAGUGUCUGCUUGUUCCGUGCAGAACCAGGAGCUGCAGAAGACGGUGCAGCAGCUGGAGAAACACAACAUGUCUCUCGUAGCCCAGCUGAGGAGGCUGCAGUCCCUCAUCAAGCUGACCUCGACCAAGGCAGCGCAGACUGGCACUUGUAUCCUGAUCUUCAUUUUCUCUCUGGCCCUGAUCAUCUUCCCCAGUUACAGCCCUUUCAGCUCGGAGCCUGCGGUCAGUGAGGAGGUGUACAGACCUGCUGGGGUGAUAUCGAGAAACAUUCUAACAGACACAGAAUCUUUUAGAAUGUCGGACACAGAAGAUGAUGUCAUCACCGAUAACAAGAUUCCAUCCCUUCAGGAACUCCCGCCCUCCAACUCAGACACUGACCAAUCGGAAAACGCGGAUCUUUCCAGCAUCACCUUUCAAAAGCCAAUCAGCAGCGAGGAGGAGGCAAAUAAUGAGAAAGAGGAGGUCCUUAUCCAAGCCAACGUCCUUGAGGAGGUCAAGUUGAAAAACGUGUCAUUACCGAGUGAGCUGGUCGAUCCUGUGGACCCAGAAAGCCAGCCGGCGCUGCCAGUGAAAGGACAAGAUGGCAGAAGCCUUGAUUCUGCCAAGCCAGUCCACGCAGACGAAAUGUAACCACAUUCUUAAGAGCCGUCUAGAAAACCUUUUUGUUUUAGCCCCUGCUGGCGUGCCUCUUGCAAACAUUCAAGCUGUUCUGUAGGUCCUGUUUGGUCUGCUUUCCAGCAUUCACACUGGGUAUUAGGAGGAGCUGUAAUGUGUUAAUUGUCCACCAGGUGGAGUCGGUGUACAUACUGAAUAGUGGUUUAAAAAGUACCCUGAUAAGGCUCUGAAAUGUCUUGACCGAUUUACUCUGUUAUUUUCUGUUUCUGAUGUCACUUCCCGGCGAGCUUUUUAAAAAAUUUUUUAUAAAGUUUACAGCACCCGUUGCUUAUAUAGAGCCCUCAAACAUGUCUUCUCUCUACAGCCAGUCCACCAGAGGGGAACCGUUAACCUGUCCCCCCUGCAGCACACUGCCCCCAGUGGAUGUAACAAAUACUACACUGGUGGAACAAAUGUGGAAUUUCUUACAUCCACUGGGGGCAGUGUUGCAAGUAGGUAUGUUUAUGAAUACACUUGGUAAGAAAAACAAAACAAAAACACAGUCUACAAAUAAGAAGUAAAAUACAUCAAAGUGAAUUAUAUGUCCCUUCACUAGUAAGCCCCCCUGUUGAGCACGUUUUCUACAAGUUUAGUGAAGGUUGUUGCACUUAUUUCCUGUUGGAAAUAUCAGCUUAAACACAGUUAUCUGCUUAGUUUUGCUUUUGGAUCUACUGCAGGACCUGAAGCUUUCAUUUAUAACCCUCUAUCCUACUGCUGCUCACAGAAUGACUAAAGCCAUGUUUCCACCUGCCACUGGGACUGACUUGAAAGCGGUUUGAAAACAGGCUUGUUCUUUUCCAUCAGCAGCAGCUCAGACCCAUUUCAAUCAGGACUCUACCUGUCUGUCAGCCCCAGUUAGGAUUGCGGGCUGCCAGGACUUGAUCUCUCCACGCUGCUGGUGGACGUUACCCAGUGACCGUCCAAAACACAAAACAUGUGAGAGGGGGUUUAUGAAAAAGAAAGUAGGCAGAACAUGCUGGCUGUGAUAAUAUUAUGCUGUUGGUAUAAAUAGAAACUGUACAUACAUGUGUGUAAUUGAAUUGUAGGCUGCAGCUGGAAACGGCUGCAGCCCCAGUUUGAUACUGGGAACAAGAGGAGCUUUACAAGCUGGUUUCCUGGUGCAGAUGGAAACGUGGCAUUAGUGGAAAGCAGGUUUCAAAAGGAAGAGAUAAAACUGCCUUCAUUUAAACAAGCUGGACUCUCAACACAGACUGCACAGCUGCAUGCUUGUGGGACACGGCUUUAGUGCAUGUAAGGAAGACGUGCAGAUCCAGGAUUGAGCUGCCAGCAUUUUCCUUUAAAGGCAGAUUUUGACUGUAAACGUACUGAUAAUGAACACUGCAAAGCAGUAUGAUCUGAUUUGAUAUUUUCUUCUUUUUUAUUUUCUUGUAUUUAUAUAUUAAAGGGUAAAUAAGAUCUUAAACUA